GGAGUAGAAGCCUUUGGCCAUCAGUCCUAGUUUUCUGCAUGGGAGCUCUAAUGACAGAAUGGUCACCAUAGAAACCGCAGGCCUCUCAGGAGCACAGAGGCCCUUGCAGGAGAAAUCUACUCCACACAGGCAUCGACUGUGGCUGGGCCCAGAGAAGAAAGCUGGGCCAGGAGGGACAGUUACCUGUUGCCUCAUUACUCGAAAGCCACCCCCAAGCCACAGGAGGGAGACACCUUUUCUGCUGAGUCUGUCUCAGGCCACCAAGCCGGCGCAGCUCAGCAUAACUGGAAGAAAGUCAACCAGCACUGAGGACAUUUUCCUGGGAGCACAUGGCUCCUCCUGGAGCACACUGGGCCUGAGGAUGCCUGGGCGGGGAGAGGGCCAGAAGAGAACAUGAAAAGGAGGAAACCGUGACCUCAGCCAGCUGCGGUGGACUGUAGUCUCUGAGGCCUGGCGCUGGUUGUGGCUGUGUGGGAGAAACCUGGGCUAGUUCUGCUUUGGAGAUCUGGUGAGGAACACUGAGGGGUCCCAGCUCGCCCGGGCUGGCAGCGGCUCAGAUGCUGGAUGACAGAACCAGGAUGGAGGCCACCAAGAAGGAAAAGGUAGAGCAGAUCCUGGCAGAGUUCCAGCUGCAGGAGGAAGACCUAAAGAAGGUGAUGAGGCGGAUGCAGAAAGAGAUGGACCGUGGCCUGAGACUGGAGACCCACGAGGAGGCCAGUGUAAAGAUGUUGCCCACCUACGUGCGUUCCACCCCAGAAGGCUCAGAAGUUGGAGACUUCCUCUCCUUAGACCUGGGAGGAACCAACUUCAGGGUGAUGCUGGUGAAGGUGGGAGAGGGGGAUGCAGGGCAGUGGAGUGUGAAGACCAAACACCAGAUGUACUCCAUCCCCGAGGACGCCAUGACGGGCACCGCAGAGAUGCUCUUUGACUACAUCUCCGAGUGCAUCUCUGACUUCCUGGACAAACAUCAGAUGAAGCACAAGAAACUACCCCUGGGCUUCACCUUCUCCUUCCCUGUAAGGCACGAAGACAUAGACAAGGGCAUCCUGCUCAACUGGACUAAGGGCUUCAAGGCCUCCGGAGCUGAAGGGAACAACAUCGUAGGACUUCUUCGAGAUGCUAUCAAGAGGAGAGGGGACUUUGAGAUGGAUGUGGUGGCAAUGGUGAAUGACACAGUAGCCACGAUGAUUUCUUGCUACUAUGAAGACCACCGGUGUGAGGUUGGCAUGAUUGUGGGCACUGGCUGCAACGCCUGCUACAUGGAGGAGAUGCAGAAUGUGGAGCUGGUGGAAGGGGAUGAGGGGCGCAUGUGUGUCAACACGGAGUGGGGUGCCUUCGGGGACUCAGGCGAGCUGGAUGAGUUCCUGCUGGAGUACGACCGAAUGGUGGAUGAAAGCUCAGCGAACCCCGGUCAGCAACUGUACGAAAAGCUCAUUGGUGGAAAGUACAUGGGCGAGCUGGUUCGACUUGUACUGCUCAAGCUAGUGGACGAGAAUCUUCUCUUCCGUGGGGAAGCCUCGGAGCAGCUGCGCACACGUGGUGCCUUCGAGACCCGUUUUGUGUCGCAGGUGGAGAGCGACACGGGCGACCGCAAGCAGAUACACAACAUCCUGAGCACUCUGGGGCUUCGGCCCUCCGUCACCGACUGCGACAUUGUGCGCCGUGCCUGUGAGAGCGUGUCCACGCGUGCCGCCCACAUGUGCUCAGCAGGACUAGCGGGAGUCAUAAAUCGCAUGCGCGAAAGCCGCAGUGAAGACGUGAUGCGUAUCACGGUGGGCGUGGAUGGCUCCGUGUACAAGUUGCACCCUAGCUUCAAGGAGCGGUUCCACGCCAGUGUGCGCAGGCUGACACCCAACUGCGAAAUCACCUUCAUCCAAUCAGAGGAGGGCAGCGGCAGGGGAGCAGCCCUGGUCUCUGCGGUGGCCUGCAAGAAGGCCUGCAUGCUGGGCCAGUGAAAUCCAGGCCACAAGGACGGGGACCUGGGCUCCAUGGGACUCCACGCCCCACAGGUGCUCCCAGCCCACCGGGGCAGGAGAUCUAUUCAGCUGCUACCUCUGGAAAAUGGGGAGAGGCCCCUGCAAGCUGAGCAGGUGUUUCUACAGUGCCAGUCAAGUGGGACAGCCCUAGGGCCCUCAGCCUGGGGCAGGGGGCAGGGGGCUGGGAGGAGGAAGAGGAUCAGAGGCACCAAAGUCUUUCUUGUUUUAAUCAACUGCAGAGAAAGGCCUUACACACUCAGGACUUGCAUUUUCACACUUCUUGCCUCUCACAACUGUGGGCCUGGCCUCCCAGGGGAGUGCCUCCCAGACCUUGCAAUGGUCUGACUUCCCUGGGAACUCACCCUGCACGGGGAGGCAGCUCCAGCAGCUUGGCCAGAUCAGACCUAAGCUCCCAGGAGAGCAAGGGCCGCUGAUCACCCAGCCUGGCUGUUUUCUUGCCUGUGACUGAAGAGACUGGGGAGUUAUGGAAGACUGACUGUCCAGCUGCAUCGAGGGGACUUUCCAGGCCACAAGCACCCCAAAGAGACUGUUUCCUUCAUAUACCUCUGCCCCAGAGUGACUUACGGUUCUGGAAUGAACCCUCCCAGGAGAUGCUGGAUGAUAGAGCUCCGAAGUUCCUACCCUAAGGGGACCAGAAAGGGGAGGCCUCUCUUGCACUAUUGGGAGCUCCCCCUCCUUCAAGCAGGAUGGCAUCUUCAACACUCACAUCCCUGAUCCAGAAGGACAAAGCAUCCCUCUAAGAGACCUCCCAGGCCCCUCUUCCUCGUCCUCCCCAAAUACCAUGCCACCCUCUCUAUGCCAACCUGGGAGUGUGGGGGAGUUUUUAAUUAAAUAUU